UCAAUUCCACCGCUUGCCUUUAUUCCGAGGAGUUGGAGAGUAAGGCAGUUCUCAGGAAAUCACCAACAGCAGCUCACCUUCUUUUCUGCCAUUGCUUAAGUCUAUUUUUCCUUUUUAAAAUCAUCAUAUUUUGUGAUUUGAAGCCAGGGCACCAUGACCAUCCAACGUGGAGAUCAAGGGCAGCGUUACAGGCCAAGAAUGGCAUUCCUUAAAAAGCUUGAAGUUCUAAUGGUGGAGAUGCAGGAUCCAAAAUCUGGCAUCAAAAUGCAAACUCAGAAGGUCACGGUCUGCGACAUCCCACAUGCUAUGUUUGGUAUUGAUAUAUUACAGUGGCUCGCUCAGCGCCUGCAGAUUACAAAUGAAGAAGCCCUCAACUUGGGGUGCCUGUUUAUCCAGUAUGGAUACAUCUAUCCUCUUCAGAGCCCAAAGAAUCUCACUCUCAGACCAGACAGCAGUCUCUACAGAUUUCAGACACCCUACUUUUGGCCAACACAACAAUGGGCAGCAGAUGAUACAGACUAUGCUAUUUUCCUAGCCAAGAAAAAUAUUAAGAGGAAAGGAGUUCUUGAAGAAUAUGAAAAGGAACAUUAUAACAUGCUGAACCAAAAAAUCAACCACAAAUGGGACUUUGUUAUUAUGCAGGCAACACAGCAGUAUAGGACUGGGAAAGAUCGAAAGAAGGAAGACCGAUAUGCUCUGGAUUGUCAAGAGAACGCUUAUUGGCUUGUGCACAGAACCCCUCCAGGAAUGCUAGACUCACUUGACUAUGGCUUAGACCGAGCAACUGAUCCCCUUGAAGAUACGAAAAAAACAAUGGAAUUUUACAGGAAAGAGAUCAUGUAUUGCCAGCAGGCUAUUGCGAAGACCAGAGUGAAGUCCUCUGUCUCUGUAGGAGGGAUUGUGAAGUACUGUGAACAGUUCCGCUCCAACGAUUACUUGAUAUCACCAUGCCUCCCCAACAAUCCCUGGCAAUCUGACGAUAUUGACUUUUGGGAGCUGAAUGCAAAACUGGUGGAAGUCCCCACCAAAGCCCGAGUGGAGAGAUGGGCCCUCAAUUUUAGUGAGCUGAUGCGGGAUCCCAAAGGCCGCCAGAACUUCCAGCUGUUCCUGAAGAAAGAGUUCAGUGGGGAGAAUUUGGGUUUCUGGGAAGCUUGUGAGGAUCUGAAGUAUGGGGACCAAUCUAAAGUGAAAGAGAAAGCAGAAGAAAUUUACAAAACCUUCCUGGCCCCAGGAGCAAGGCGCUGGAUCAAUAUUGAUGGUACUACUAUGGGCAUCACAGUCAGAGGCCUCAAACACCCUCAUCGCUAUGUCUUAGAUGCCGCACAGACUCAUAUUUAUAUGCUUAUGAAAAAGGAUUCGUAUGGUCGCUAUUUAAAGUCUCCCAUAUACAAAGAAAUGUUGUCCAAGGCAGUUGUACCACAAGAAGCAGCUCCAAGAAGCUCCGGCAACCCAUUUUUCCCCAAAAACCUCCGCUCCAGCCCCAGCCCCAUCAUCUUGAGGCAACAGGAGGAAGAAGCCAAGGCGAAGGAAGCGGCGGCCAAUGUGGACAUCACCCAGCUAUGCCAGUUUACUGCUCCAGUUCACCGCCUGACUGUUUACACUGGUGUUUCUGAUUGUCCCAGUAUUCUUCCUAUUUCCUGUCAUGUUCUGAGUGGUCAUCCUCCCCCGUGCCCUGGACACAUUACUCUGCCAAACAGCACUAACCACUUGUCAUCUCUUAGUGUAGCUGAAAACAGCACCUCUGGAAUGAAUAGGGCCUGGCAUGCCAAUGGGACUAGCCGCAGUCCCUUCCCUUCCCUUACAGAAAGGAACGAGAUCUCAAUGGAUUCUGAACCAGGACCCUGCCACAGCUCCCAGGAUGCAGUGAGUUGUGAGAGCAAGCUGCUGCCCAAGUCCCGGAUGGCCUUGUCCCUCAGCAGGUUCUUGAAGCGGGGUUGCUUGAACUCACCUGUGUUUGCAACACUCUCUCCCAAGUGUCCUGCAAUGAGUCAUGCAAAAGUGCAACCACUAGAUGCUCUGAGCCAACCACUGCAACAGAAGACCAAAAAACUAUCUAACUUCUUCUUCCAAAUAAAAAUGGACAUUCCUCUGGAGAACAAAAUUUACCCCAUAGACUCAGAAGAGGAGCAAGAAAACGAUCACUGGGCUUACAAAGACUCUGCAAAAGAAGUGAUCUGCCCGUGGGAGAACUUGACAGAAGAAGGGAAAGUUGGAUAAUAAGGAGCCUUUGAGACUAUCAGGAUGUGACCUACUUAAAAUGACUAAUUUUUUUCCCUUUCCCUGAGUCAGCAGGUAUAAUCACCUACAGUUGGGCUGAUAAAUCAGGCUUGUUGAAAGCAUGGGAACAAUCAAUGCGAGCCAUCCAUCAUCAAACCAUCCAGGUUAUAAAUAAUGAUCUUAGAUGCACAGGUCUUUCCAAAUUGAAAAAAAAAAUGAGAUGUCUUUCGGCCUGUUUCCUUUCUUGUCCUUAGAAUUCAGCCCCAUCACUUACAGAUUUCAUCAUAACUCUUUAAGCGCAUUGACUAUAUCCUAGAAGAAUCUUUCCUGCCUGGUUAGUUUUUUGGAACUCUACAAUUUUGUUAAUGUAUUUACUAUGCUUGCUCUCCUUUUAGUAAACCAGAGUUUCACGUACAUUUUAACUUGAUAAUUAGACUAGCAGGGAAUGUUAAGACCUACUAAUGACUGCUCAUUUUGUAUUGUCGUGGCACAGUAAGCCAUGUUGUUCAUGUUAAACUAAGACAUGUUAUAACAAUGAUAAUGAUAAUAUGACACAUUUUUUGUUUUAUUCUAACAGCAAAUUGUUCGGAUUCAAGGCAAAAAUGAGGAUGUGUUUGUGUGUGUGUGAGAGAGACAAGAGCAUACACUAUAUAUU